UACGUGUUCCUGAUGGUGCCGUUCGUCAGCCCGGCCCCAGCAGACCUCGAAGCGCUCCCAAUAAAUAGCCGGCCUAAGUGUAAAGCCCUGGGCGAGCUCCACAAAGGUGCGCCCCCGCACCCCAGCCCUCUCCCCAGAAACUCCACGGCGACACUGUUGUCCCAUUGCUUGUUCGGACAGCCCGCUGUCUGCAAGGAGAAACGGGGCGUCGGGGCUGGGAGCAGCUCAGGGGUAGGGUGUUCAUCCCUGGCACCAAAGCGGAAACAAACCGAAGGGUCCCCCACCGCCGCUGAGAUGGAGGCGAACCCUGCAGGGGGUGGCGGGAGCAGCGGCCUGGGGGGUGAGGACGGUGUGCAUUUCCAGAGCUACCCCUUCGACUUCCUGGAGUUCCUCAACCACCAGCGCUUCGAGCCCAUGGAGCUGUACGGGGAGCACGCCAAGGCCGUGGCCGCGCUGCCCUGCGCCCCGGGGCCCCCGCCGCAGCCGCCGCCGCAGCCGCCGCCGCCGCAGUUCGACUAUCCGCCACCUGCCAGUUUCAAGCCCAAGGCCGAGGCCCCGUCCUCAGCCUCCUCCUCUUCGUCCUCCUCCUCCUCGUCGUCCUCCUCUUCCUCGUCCUCCACCUCCUCCGCCCAAGCCAAGAAGCCCGACCCGCCGCUGCCCCCAGCCUUCGGGGCACCCCCGCCCCCGCUUUUCGAUGCCGCCUUCCCCGCCCCACAGUGGGGCAUCGUGGACCUCUCCGGCCACCAGCAUCUGUUUGGGAACCUGAAGCGCAGCGGGCCUGCGACGGGGCCGGGUGUGGCACCAGGUCUGGGUGCACCCGCGGGGACCCCCGGGCCACUCCCCGUGCCCUCGCAGACCCCGCCCGGCCCUGCCGCCACAGGGGCUGCCUGCGACCCGGCCAAGGACGACAAGGGCUACUUCCGGCGGCUCAAGUACCUGAUGGAGCGGCGCUUCCCGUGCGGCGUGUGCCAGAAGUCCUUCAAGCAGUCCUCGCACCUGGUGCAGCACAUGCUUGUGCACUCGGGCGAGCGGCCGUACGAGUGCGGGGUGUGCGGCCGCACCUACAACCACGUGUCCAGCCUCAUCCGCCACCGCCGCUGCCACAAGGACACGCCGGCCCCCGGGGCCCCGCCGCUGCCCCCUGGAGCCCCACUCGCGCCCCCGCUGGGCCUCGCCCCCGGGACCACGGCGGGCGUGUCGGGGGGAGAGGACGCGGGCGGCGCGUCUGCGGGGGCCGGCGCGGGCACGGGUGCGGGCCCAGAACGCUUCAGCUGCGCCACCUGUGGCCAGAGCUUCAAGCACUUCCUGGGGCUGGUGACGCACAAGUACGUGCACCUGGUGCGGCGGACCCUGGGCUGUGGGCUGUGCGGCCAGAGCUUUGCGGGCGCCUAUGACCUGCUCCUGCAUCGCCGCAGCCACCGGCAGAAGCGCGGCUUUCGCUGCCCGGUGUGCGGGAAGCGCUUCUGGGAGGCGGCCUUGCUCAUGCGCCACCAGCGCUGCCACACGGAACAGCGGCCCUACCGGUGCGGCGUGUGCGGCCGGGGCUUCCUGCGCUCCUGGUACCUGCGGCAGCACCGCGUGGUGCACACCGGCGAGCGCGCCUUCAAGUGCGGUGUGUGCGCGAAGCGCUUUGCGCAGUCGUCCAGCCUGGCCGAGCACCGGCGGCUGCACGCGGUGGCGCGGCCCCAGCGCUGUGGUGCGUGUGGCAAGACCUUCCGCUACCGCUCCAACCUGCUGGAGCACCAGCGGCUGCACCUGGGAGAGCGCGCCUACCGCUGCGAGCACUGCGGGAAGGGCUUCUUCUACCUGAGCUCCGUGCUGCGCCACCAGCGUGCGCACGAGCCGCCGCGGCCAGAGCUGCGCUGCCCCGCCUGCCUCAAGGCCUUCAAAGACCCCGGCUACUUCCGCAAGCACCUGGCAGCCCACCAGGGCGGCCGGCCCUUCCGCUGCUCCUCCUGCGGAGAGGGCUUCGCCAACACCUACGGCCUGAAGAAGCACCGCCUGGUGCACAAGGCCGAGGGCCUCGGAGCGGCAGGGGCGGGGGCUGCGGCUGGGGCCCUGACGGGGAAGGAUGCCUCCUGAGGCUGCCGAUCUCGUGUCCUCUCUGGACUCCCCUCCCCGGGGCUGCUGGUCAGACUGUCCUGUCUCUCCCAUCCUUCAGAAGUUCAGACUGCCUGGUCUCCCUUAGGGCCUAGGCCCUACACACUCCAGACUGAAUCACCCCUCCUGGACCUCGCGGCCCUCGCCUGUUCCGCCACACACUGAACUUGGCUCUCUGUCCAACCCUCCUGUGACCGUCUGUAGCCACUCCGAGUGGCCGUCCGCCCUGGGCAGCAAGCUCUUCGAUGGAGAUGCAGCUGAAUUGCACACCCCUUUUCUUUGGAGUCUGGCUGGGCAGUGGGAUGUGCAGAGCUGGGAUCAUGGAAGGGGGUGCUUUUGGAUUGUGGGGUGGGGGGUUGGGGUGGCAGACGCCGCUUGUACAGAGCAGAGAACAAUAAAUCUUCACAACAGGGCCCUGA